AUGAUAGAUUCAGUUAAAUACUCUAUUCUUGGUGAACAAGAAAUCGAACAUAAUCUUCUUUUACCUCAACAUAUUAAUCCAAAUAAACACUCUGAAUCUCUUUUUGAGAGAGCAAAGAAGAAAUGGAAAUCAAAUUGGAGAUGUUACACAUUAUUGAUUGUAGUAGUUUUAUUGUUGGUUGCUACUAUUGUCAUUCCAGUAGUUAUAUUGUCACAUAGAAACAAAACAGAUAAUCUUUCAUACAAAUGCGAGAGUUAUUCAAAGGAUAUUAUCGAUGCAACGAUGAAGGGUACAUUGGCGUAUUCUAGAAUUGCUACCAUGUGUGCAUUGUUUGGUAAUAGAUUGUCUGGAUCGACUGCACUCGAAAAUGCAAUCAAUUGGGUGGAACAAGAGAUGAUCACUGAUGGACUUGCCAAUGUACACAAAGAACCUGUCAAUGUGACACAUUGGGUCAGAGGCAAUGAAUAUGCUUCCAUUCAAUCACCAUACUUUAAAAAGUUAAAUAUCCUUGGUUUAGGUGGUUCAAUCAAUACUACUAGUCAAGAUGGAAUAACAGGAGAAGUAUUAGUUGUAACAAGUUUUGAUGAUUUGACAAAUAAUUCAGCGUUGGCAGUUGGAAAGAUUGUACUAUUUAACGUUGUAUUUACAGACUAUGGAACAACGGUACAAUAUAGAGUAAAUGGACCAACUGCUGCCGCCAAGGCUGGUGCUAUUGCUUGUUUGGUGCGCUCGAUUGCACCUUAUUCGUUGGGUAAUCCACAUACUGGUGGAACGGCAACCACUACCAUCCCAGCAGCCGCCGUUACAUUGGAAGAUGCCGAUUUAAUGCAAGGACUACAGAAUCUUAAUCAGACAAUUGUCGUUAAUUUGUAUAUGGAAGCACAAACACUCCCAGACAAGGCCGUUUCACACAAUGUGAUGGGUGAUGUCAUUGGAUCCGAUCUACCAGACGAGGUUGUCGUGGUUGGCGGUCACAUUGAUUCAUGGGAUGUUGGUCAAGGAGCAAUGGACGAUGGAGGAGGUGUCAUGGUGGCAUGGGAAGCAGUCAGACUCAUCAAAGCAUUGGGUAUCGUACCACGUCGUACUAUUAGAGUGGUUGCCUGGACCAAUGAAGAGAAUGGAGCAGCUGGAGGUGCCAAUUAUGCACUAUUACAUGCAAAUGAAACAUUUUUUUCAAUCGAGACUGAUGGAGGUGUUACACAACCCUAUGGAAUCGGUGUGCAAGGUGCAUCAGACAAUACAAUCAAGGCAUUGUCUGAUUUAGGCGAAGUAUUAAAGGGUGUUGGAAGUGAUCAAGUUUCAGUUGGUGAAGCUGGUACUGACAACUAUCCACUUGUGGCUGCUGGUGUUCCAGGUGGUUCAUUGCUUACAAACAUGACUCAAUAUUUUUGGUAUCAUCACUCUGAAGGAGAUGGUGUCGACAAACUGGAUUCAGUAGAAAUGGAUAAAUGUGUAGCCACAUUGGCCACAUGGCUGAUCUGUUUAGCCAACUUUAAUGGUGCUUUACCUCAAUAA